AUGCGGGGCCGGCGCGGCAGGCCGCCCAAGCAGCAGCAGCCGGCGGCGGCCGCCGCUCCGGCGAGCGCCCCGGCCCCGGCAGGCCCCAUCGGCGGGCUGCGCUCCCGGCAGCGCGGCAGCAGCCGCGGCAGGUGGGCGGCCGCGGCCCAGGCGGAGACGGCGGGGCCCAAGCAGAAGGGAGCCGGCGCUGCCCAGGCCUCGUCGCCCGCCGCCGCCGCCUCGCCCAGGGGGGGCGGCAAGAGGAAGGCGGGCGGCGGCGGCAGCAGCACCCCCGGUGGGGGAGGCAGCGGCGGUAAGGGCAGGGGCAGGGCCGGGGCGGCAGGAGCAGGGGGAGGAGGAGGCGCAGGAGGCAGCUGCAACAGCCAAGGCAGGGCUGCCUCGUCCAGGAGGAGCAUCAGCAAAGUGGUGUACGACGAUCAUGAGAGCGAAGAGGAGGAGGAGGAGAGCAUGGUGUCCGAGGAGGAGGAGGAGGGAGACCCCGAGGAUAACCAGGACUCCGAGGAGGAAGAAGAGGAGGAGAUAAUGGAGGAAGAGGACGACGACGACUCUGACUACCCCGAAGAGAUGGAGGAUGAAGACGAUGCCAGUUAUUGCACUGAGAGCAGCUUCAGGAGCCACAGCACCUACAGCAGCACCCCAGGUAGGAGAAGACAGAGAGCACAUCGUCCUCGUUCUCCAAUAUUGGAAGAAAAAGAUAUCCCACCCUUGGAGUUUCCUAAAUCCUCAGAGGACUUGAUGGUGCCUAGUGAGCAUAUAAUGAAUGUUAUUGCCAUCUAUGAGGUACUGAGGAACUUUGGCACUGUUUUGCGCCUCUCUCCUUUUCGUUUUGAGGACUUCUGUGCUGCUCUGGUAAGUCAAGAGCAGUGCACACUCAUGGCAGAGAUGCACAUAGUGCUGUUAAAAGCAGUUUUACGUGAAGAAGACACUUCAAAUACUACCUUUGGACCUGCUGACCUCAAAGAUAGCGUUAAUUCCACUUUGUAUUUCAUAGAUGGGAUGACGUGGCCAGAGGUUCUGCGGGUAUAUUGUGAGAGUGACAAGGAAUACCAUCAUGUUCUUCCUUACCAAGAGACAGAGGACUAUCCUUAUGGACCAGUAGAGAAUAAAAUCAAAGUUCUGCAGUUCUUAGUGGAUCAGUUUCUUACCACAAACAUUGCACGUGAGGAGUUGAUGUCAGAAGGGGUUAUUCAGUAUGAUGAUCAUUGUAGGGUUUGUCACAAACUCGGGGAUUUGCUCUGCUGUGAGACCUGCUCGGCCGUGUACCACCUGGAGUGUGUGAAGCCGCCCCUGGAGGAGGUGCCCGAGGACGAGUGGCAGUGUGAGGUCUGUGUGGCACACCAGGUGCCCGGGGUGACUGACUGUGUGGCUGAAAUCCAAAAAAACAAACCCUACAUCCGCCACGAGCCCAUCGGCUACGACCGGCACCGGCGGAAAUACUGGUUCCUGAACAGGAGGAUCAUCAUAGAGGAAGAUUCAGAAAGUGAGAAGGAUAAGAAAAUCUGGUACUACAGCACCAAGAUCCAGCUGGCAGAGUUAAUUGAAUGCCUGGACAAGGAUUACUGGGAGGCUGACCUAUGCAAAACCCUGGACGAGAUGCGUGAGGAAGUUCAUCGGCACAUGGAUGUGACAGAAGACCUUACAAACAAAGCAAGGGGCAGCAACAAGUCUUUCCUUUCUGCAGCAAAUGAUGAAAUUUUGGACAUUAUCAGAGCAAGAAAAGGAGAAAUAGUGGAAGAUAAAAACACAGGAGAUGAGGAAGCAGAAAAGGCCAAAAGUGAUGUUGAUAAUGACCAGACAGAUGCUGAGAGAGACAAGGAAGAAUCUGGAGACCAAGAUAAAAUUGAGGAAACACAGAGUGAGCAAGAUGUGGAAAAAGAGAAAGCAGAAGAGGCAACAGUCGUUGGGGAUAAAAGUAACUGUGUGACCUGCAGCCCUGAUGACAGCACCACAAACCCUCCUGCAGGAGAGAAUAGUUGCUCUGAAGGGAAGGACGCAGUGGGGUGUCAGUCAGAAACCCUUGAUAGCAACAACGUGGCAGAGAAGAAGGUGGCAUCAGAGCUCCCUCUGGAACUCUCAGAAGAAACUGGUCAGAUGAUCCCCAGCAGUGGCUCUGCUGCCCCUCCACAGGCAGAUGUUGAGAACAGCAGUGGCAGCGAGCUGGGCUCUGGCCAGAAUGACUCCAUUAAGACUCUUGAUGAUGCUGAAAAUGCAGAGAGGGGAUCCCAGGCUUCAGAGGAUUUAGGAGAGAAAUCCAAUGGUGACAGAAGUGAUUCUCCAGGGGCAGGGAAGGGCACACCAGGCUCGACACGGAUGCUCACCAGAUUGAGAAAUCCAGACAGCAAACUGAGCCAGAUGAAAAGCCAGCAGGUUGCUGCUGCAGCAAAUGAAGCAAAUAAGUUAUAUAAAGAAACCAGAGAGGUUCUGGUGGUGAACUCCCAAGGGGAAGUGUCCCGAGUGAACACCAAGAAGGACGUGGUGAUUAAAGGAAAUAUCAACAACUAUUUCAAACUGGGGCAGGAGGGGAAGUACCGUGUGUAUCACAACCAAUAUGCCACCAACUCCUUUGCCCUGAACAAGCACCAGCACAGGGAGGACCAUGACAAGAGGAGACACCUCUCACACAAAUUCUGCCUGACCCCAGCUGGAGAGUUCAAGUGGAACGGGUCUGUGCAUGGCUCCAAAGUUCUCACCAUAUCCACCCUGAGGCUGACCAUUAUUCAGCUGGAAAACAAUAUCCCAGCAUCCUUCCUUCACCCUAAUUGGGCUUCCCACAGGUCUAAUUGGAUUAAGGCUGUUCAGAUGUGCAGCAAACCCAGAGAAUUUGCACUAGCACUGGCUAUUUUGGAGUGUGCAAUCAAACCAGUUGUCAUGCUGCCCAUCUGGAGGGAAUCCUUGGGGCAUACGAGAUUACGCAGAAUGACAGCAAUAGAAAGAGAAGAAAAGGAGAAAGUGAAAAAAAAAGAGAGAAAGCAAGAAGAAGAAGAAACAAUGCAGCAAGCUACAUGGGUGAAAUACACAUUUCCUGUCAAACACCAGGUUUGGAAGCAAAAAGGAGAGGAAUAUAGAGUAACAGGAUAUGGUGGCUGGAGCUGGAUUAGUAAAACCCAUGUCCACAGGUUUAUGCCCAAAUUGCCAGGAAAUACUAAUGCAAAUUACAGAAAAUUGCUAUCAACAAAGAGCGAAGAUGAAAAAUGCAACUUGGAUAAACGAAAAGGUGCAGCUAAGGUAAAAGCAGAGAAAGACAGAGCAAAGGAUUCUCGAGAUCUGCAAGCAAAAGAAAAAGAUGUUUCAGAAACCUUGGAGAAAGUACAAGUAAAAGAAGAAAAGUUGCGUGAAGACAAAUUAGAAGUUGACUCAAUUUCUGAAAACUUAGAUCAUGCAAAAGACACAGUGGCAAAAGACACCGAUGGUGAAAACGAUAAAGUCAUCAAAGAAGAACCUAUGGAUGUGGAUGAUGUGAAAAUUGAAUCCUCCAUAAAAGAUGAGGACAGUCAUUGUAAGCGGGAUAUAAUCAAUGUCAGUGAGGGAUUUCAUUUAAGGACUUGCUACAAAAGGAAAGUAAAAUCAUCAAAAUUAGAUGGGCUCCUGGAGCGGCGAAUCAAACAGUUCACACUGGAGGAAAAACAGCGUCUAGAAAAGAUGAAGCUGGAGGCUGGUGCUAAAACUGGGGGCAUUCGACCUGUGAGCCCCCAGAAAAACACAGAGGAGCUACAAGUGAGGAAUGGGAAGGAAGGAGGCCAGUUUGGCUCUCCUUCCCAGGAUCAAAGCUACAUUUCAGACAAGACCCAAGCUGAAGAUGCAGAACAGGACUGUUUGCCCAUCAGCAAAGCUGGGGAUGAAGAUGAACCUUCCUUGCCUUUGUCCAACAGGCUCUCAAAAGAAGGGCAGCUGCUGGAUGAGGACUGCCCUCAGUCCUCUGAAGGAGACAGCUCUGUUCAGAAUGAUGGCAGAGCAAACAACCCUGAGCCUUCCACUGCUGAUAAACAUCAAGGACAAGAGGCUCUUGGGGAGUCUGAGAGCUCUUUAGUGGAUGGCUUGAAACAAACCAGUGCAGAAGGCAGAAUCAAAUGGGAUGUUUCAGAAACAGCCCAAAAACCCUUGAAACAAAAGCUGCCUAUUACCAGAGUGUCUCAGCGAGAACUUGGAAACUUAGGACCACUGGUACCUGAAAGCAGCUGUAGAAGAGAUGCUGUGGGCACUCUUGAAAAACCAGACUCAGAAGGGGAUUCUGAACAGCAAAGCAAAGAUCCAGAAAACAAUUGUAUGAUAAAAAGCCAUAUGGAAACCAUGUCCUCUCAAGAAAGUGAAAUGGAGGAAGAACUUGCUCCUGUAAAGACUGAAAGCAAAUCUGAAAAGAUGGUAUUUCACCAAAAAUCAGCUAAUAAAGAUCUAGAAUCAUUUAAAACGGGGCUGAUUUCUGAAAGAAACCUUGAAAGUCAAGGUCUGGAACACAUGGAUGGGGAAAAUGAUAACAAAGAUUUACUGAGCUCUAAACUAACAGAGGCUAAUGGUCGAAAGAAAGGUCAGGAACUGAAAGUGGAGACAGGUACCAUGAACAAAUAUCUUGAUCAGACAAAUGUAAAUACUAUUACUGACAAAAAGAGUAAUAAAGAUGAAGAAACUGAGACAGAAAAAGAAAAAUCAUCAUUUCAAAUGAAUGGAAAAGACAAUGACAUUAAAGCAUUAUCAAAUGAUGACUGCUUAGUGAAAAAUACCUGUGAAGCUAAGGCAGGGGGUGAUAUUGAACCAAAAGUUAAUAAUAUUAAUAAAGCCAUUCCAGAACAUGAAAUAAAACCGUUGACUUUUAAGGAAUCUUCAGUAAAACCAUUCAUGAAUGGUGACAUCAUGGGAGAGGACACAAAGGAUAAAAAUAAUGUGGCCUCAAAGUCACAUCUGCAGAGUUCAGCUGAGUCUGGAGAGAGUCUUCAGCCACCAGAUGAAGUGCCCAAGUGUGUGCAGAAAACUGAAGAAAAGCAGCUUUCUCCUGAGAGAUCUGCCAGUGGGGGCUCUGCUUCCCUGCCAGCACAGCCUGUCUGUAAAGAAAAUAACCUGAACAGUGAAACAGAAUCUAUGGAGACUGAAGCAAGUGAGGAGAAGAAAGUUGCUCCAUCUCCUGUAACCUCAUGUGAGGAAUCCAUCUUGAGCAGUCGCUUUGCUGACCAGAAUGGAAUAAAUAAAAUGGAAAAUAUCAAUGGAGAAAGUAAAAUGAAAACUGUUAUUACUGAAGUGACUACCACAACCUCAACUGUGUCCACAGAGUCCAAAACGGUGUUUAAGGUAGCAGAGACUGGAGCUGCCAGUGAUGAGAAGACCACAGUUGUUUCCUCUACAGAAAACUGUGCCAUCUCCACUGUCACCACCACCACCACUGUCACCAAGCUCACCACUCCAGCCUCAGAGAGUAACUCUGAUGUCAUCUCUGUGCAGGAGCACAGUAAAACAGUGGUUACCACCACAGUCACCGACUCGCUGACCACCCCAGAGGGCACUUUGGUGACUUCCAUGACUGUCAGCAAAGAAUAUUCCACAAAAGACAAAGUGAAGUUAAUGAAAUUCACAAGACCCAAAAAAACUCGUUCUGGAACUGCCUUGCCAUCUUAUAGGAAAUUUGUUACCAAAAGCAGUAAAAAAAGCAUAUUUGUUUUACCCAAUGAUGACUUGAAAAAGCUGGCCAGGAGAGGAGGGAUCAGAGAGGUUCCUUAUUUCAAUUACAAUGCAAAGCCUGCCUUGGAUAUCUGGCCAUAUCCAUCCCCAAGACCGACAUUUGGGAUCACUUGGAGGUACCGACUCCAAACAGUCAAAUCAUUGGCUGGAGUGAGCCUGAUGUUGAGGUUAUUGUGGGCAUGUCUCAAGUGGGAUGAUAUGGCAGCUAAAGCUCCCCCUGGGGGAGGAACCACAAGGACAGAAACAACUGAAACUGAAAUUACAACAACAGAAAUAAUCAAGAGGAGAGAUGUCGGUCCGUAUGGGAUCCGCUCAGAGUACUGUAUAAGAAAAAUCAUUUGUCCCAUUGGUGUACCAGAGGCUCCAAAAGAAACUCCAACGCCCCAGAGGAAGGGACUGCGAUCGAGUGCCCUCAGGCCAAAAAGGCCAGAAACACCCAAGCAAACAGGCCCUGUUAUAAUGGAAACUUGGGUAGCAGAGGAGGAGUUGGAACUGUGGGAGAUCAGGGCAUUUGCUGAAAGGGUGGAGAAGGAAAAGGCACAGGCAGUUGAACAACAGGCUAAGGUUAGUGAACAGAAGAAGGCAGAGGAGUUCAAGGCCCAAUUGGAGGCUCAGCUAAAACACCAACGUUUGGCUGCCCAGCAGAAGCGGCUGGAGCAGCAGAAGCAGAUCCCUGCAGGAGGGGUGGUCCCUGCAGCCAGCACAGCCAGCAGCACUGCAACCACAGUGUCCACACCCCAGAAAGUCGUGGUGGGCCCUCUGACAGGCCCUGUCCCCACAGGAACCAAAGUAGUGCUCACCACUAAAGUGGGGUCUCCAGCUACAGUAACAUUCCAACAGAACAAGAAUUUCCAUCAAACUUUUGCUACUUGGGUUAAGCAAGGCCAGUCUUCAACAGCCACUAGCACAGCUGCCAGCUCAGCCACAAGCAUUGCCAGCACAGGGCAGACCUUCCAGCUCUCAGGCAGCCCAGUAACGAUGGCAGGGAAAGUGAUAACUAAGCUGCCACUCCCUGCAAACAGCAAGAUUGUUGCCGUCAAUGUGCCAUCAACUCAAGGAGGUGUGGUUCAAGUUCAGCAAAAGGUAUUGGGUAUCAUUCCAUCAACUACAGGUGCAAGUCAAACCUUUACUUCAUUCCAGCCAAGGACAGCAACUGUAACCAUUAGGCCAAACACCACAGGGACAUUAGGAACAACAAGCACUUCACAAGUGGUGCAGGGGACGCCGCUGCGCCCCGGGAUGACGGUGAUCCGGACCCCGCUGCAGCAGCCCGCCCUUGGCAAGGCCAUCAUCAGAACGCCUGUAGUGGUGCAACAAGGUAUUCUGCCAGCCAGUCAGACCCAGCAAGUGGUGACUCAGAUAAUCAGGGGUCAGCCUGUCUCAACAGCAGUUUCUAGUACCAGCACAGCUUCCUCCAGCACUGGGCAGAAAACCAUCACAAGUUCUGGGACAGCCCCUCAACAAGUUCAGCCUCAGACCCCAACACCUCCCCCUCGCCCCCAGCAGGGCCAGGUGAAGCUGACAAUGGCCCAGCUCACCCAGCUCACACAAGGGCAGGGUGGCAGUCAAGGCUUAACUGUGGUAAUUCAGGGACAAGGUCAAACUACUGGUCAGUUACAAUUAAUCCCUCAGGGUGUGACUGUAAUACCUGGUCCAGGACAGCAGCUUAUGCAAGCAGCUAUGCCAAAUGGUACAAUUCAGAGAUUUCUGUUCACCCCACUACCAGCAGCUGCUACUACAGCUAGCACAACUACAACCACUGUUUCUACUUCCACCUCGGGUGCGGGGGAAGCCAAGCCGGCUCUGCAGGUGGCUCCAGCAGCGGCCGUGUCCGCGGGGCAGGGCCCGCCCCAGGCCCAGUCCCAGGCCCAGCCCGCGGGGGCUCAGGCCCAGCCCGAGGCCCCGAGCCCGGCCGAGGCUCCCGCCGAGCCCGCAGCCCCUGCCGAGGCUCAGCCCUCCAAGUCCCCGGCUCAGUCUCCAGCCCCGGCUCCGGGGCUCUCUCCAGCGCCGCCCGCGGGGCUGCCCCCAGGCCAGGCCCAGGCUCAGCAUCCAGCUCAGGUGGUUAUGAAGCAGAAUGCUGUCAUAGAACAUUUGAAACAGAAGAAGACACUGACUCCAGCUGAGAGGGAAGAAAAUCAGAGAAUGAUUGUGUGCAACCAAGUGAUGAAAUAUAUUCUGGAUAAGAUAGACAAAGAGGAAAAGCAGGCAGCUAAGAAACGGAAGCGAGAAGAGAGCGUGGAGCAGAAGCGGAGCAAACAGAACGCGACCAAGCUCUCAGCUCUGCUGUUCAAGCACAAAGAGCAGCUGAAAGCUGAAAUUCUGAAAAAAAGAGCACUUCUGGACAAAGAUCUGCAGAUUGAAGUGCAGGAGGAGCUAAAGAGAGACUUGACUAAAAUUAAGAAGGAAAAGGAGCGAGCCCAGGCAGCAGCAGCUGCUGCAGCCGCCGCAGCCGCCGCGGCCGCCGCCGCUGCGCCACCAGCACCGCCACCAGUGCCACCAGCACCGCCACAGCUGCCAGCUGCCAGUGUCACCUCCUCCUCCUCCACCACUGUCCCCGUGCCAGUCUCCUCCCAGAAGAGGAAACGAGAGGAGGAGAAAGAUUCCUCGGCUUCCAAGUCCAAGAAAAAGAAAAUGAUUUCUACUACCUCAAAGGAAACGAAGAAGGACACAAAGCUUUACUGCAUCUGUAAAACGCCUUACGACGAGUCCAAGUUCUAUAUUGGCUGUGAUCUUUGUACUAACUGGUAUCAUGGAGAAUGUGUUGGAAUCACAGAAAAGGAGGCUAAGAAAAUGGAUGUGUACAUCUGUAAUGAGUGUAAACGGGCACAAGAGGGCAGCAGUGAGGAGUUGUACUGUAUCUGCAGAACACCUUAUGAUGAGUCGCAAUUUUACAUUGGCUGUGACCGGUGUCAGAACUGGUACCACGGGCGCUGCGUGGGCAUCCUGCAGAGCGAGGCCGACCUCAUCGAUGAGUACGUGUGCCCCCAGUGCCAGUCCACUGAGGAUGCCAUGACUGUGCUCAGCCCCCUCACUGAUAAGGACUAUGAAGGCUUGAGGAGGGUCCUGCGCUCCUUGCAGGCUCACAAGAUGGCAUGGCCAUUCCUAGAACCAGUAGACCCCAACGAUGCCCCAGAUUAUUAUGGUGUCAUCAAAGAACCAAUGGACCUUGCUACCAUGGAAGAAAGAAUCCUGAAACGUUACUACAAAAAGGUGACGGAGUUUGUGGCAGACAUGACCAAAAUUUUUGAUAACUGCCGUUACUACAAUCCCAGUGACUCCCCUUUCUACCAGUGUGCAGAAGUUCUCGAGUCUUUCUUUGUACAGAAACUAAAAGGAUUUAAGGCAAGCAGGUCCCAUAACAACAAACUGCAGUCUACAGCUUCUUAGAGUUCAGCGUGUUAACCAAACACACGAGCAAGGAUCUGGUUGUCUGACAAUUUUUAAUUAAGGAGCCAGAUGUUUUUAGUCAGGUUAUCCUGACAAGACUCGAUGUAAACUGCGUUUUUAUUGGUCACAACAGUCAAAUUAUAUUCUUGGCUUAUUUUGUCCAAAGGACAAAGAAAUAAAAAUCAGCAGCACCACUUUCUUGUCAAGAUCAAAUUGUUGUACUAUUGUGGCAGAAGCAGGAAAACUUUGUUUUGUUGAAGGAGAGAGAGAAAGAGAGCAAGAAAAAAGAUACAGUAAAUGGGGUCACGUUUAACUCCAUGGAAAUGCCACGUCUGUUCUUCAGUGAAGAAGCUGGUUUAAAGUCCACACAGAAAACUUUGACUGUAUUUAUUUAUUGUUGCAAAAAAGACGCUUUUUUAUUGCUGCCCUCAUUUGUCAGCUAAUUAUUUUUUCUUAUAAAAUCCAGCCCUGGUUCCAUGUAAUCCAUUCUGUAUCUUAACAUGAUUCCUGUAGGUAAAAGUACAAGAAGACCUCUAGAUGUCUUUUCUUUCUAUGAAAGGAGCUGCUAUGUACACAUGUGCACACACACAGGACUGGGAAUCAACAAGGAGUUUAUCAUUCAUGGUAGAUAAAAACAAGCUUGCAUAAAAUUUGGGCUGAGUGGUCACGGACUACAGACUCUGUUGCCUUGAAUAUAACAAACAGUACAAUUUGUCAUUUACUCUGCACCAGACUGAACUGAGUAAAAUCUAUUUGAAGGUAUCUUGUUUGUAAACAUUUGUCAGAUUCUAAUUUUUUUUUCUUUUGUAUUAAAAUUCAAAAUAUGGAUGUAUAUGAAACAAAAUAAAUGGAGAUCAUUGUUCUCCCCACAGCAGUAGGUGUGUUUGAGUGUGCGCUGCCACGUGUGUGAGACACUCUGGGGAUCUGUGCAGGGAUUGCCAGGAGCAGGGGGGGGAAUGGCCAAGGAGGGGGACCCAACCCCAUCAGACAUUGCCACAGGGGGCCUGAAGGACUGUCCAGGAGGGACAGGGCUGGAGCUGUUGGUGAGGUUUUCCUGCCCACUGGAGCUCAGUGACCUUUGCCAAGUGCUCUGGGAUUGUGGAGCACCACCUGUAAUUGUGUCCCUGGGGGCUCCUGGGCUGCCCUGAGGGGUGAACUGCAGCCCAGGAAGGUGCAAACUGCAGAUGAGGAGGUUUUUCCUUCCCUGUGUGUGACUGACUUGCUCUGGUCCCUGUCUGUAGCUCCCAGCCUGGUUUCUCUGCAGCUCCUCACCCACCUGAGCAGCUUUUGCACUGACUCACAGUCAACUUCUGUUCUCCAGUGGUUUGGGAUUUACCUGAUUUAUGGAUAAGCUCCUUUUGGGUUUAACCUCACACCUUGCUAUGCAAGAACCUCUUCUGUUAUUUUUCUUAAAAAAGAUGUUGCUACUGACCACCCUUUCUUACACUUCCAGCUCAGGUGUUCAGGUUCUUCUGGGGGGAUUUUCUCUACUAAAAAGCCGUGUGUUUUUGUACAUACAAAUGUUGUCAUUUAACCAAUCUGUGAAAAUUACUAAUUGUUCAGUGUGGAAACAAUAAUCCAUUUAUGCUUCUGAAAGUCAAAGAAGAGUAGUUGCAUUUAGGUUAUGUUGUCCUUUGAAGUUUUAAAAAAAUGCUGCAUAUUGUAAGCAUUGUGUUUUAAUGGGACAAGGAAAAAUCUCACCUUUAACAGCACUGGGACAUAUCCUGCAUCUCAUCCCAACUUCUCAGCAUUUCUGUACUAUUUAUUCAUACCUAACUCCAUAUUGACAUGGUUGAAACCUUUCCUACCUGUAGGCAAUAGAUUGCUGUUUUUAACAAAUUGUGGCAAAAUGAAGAGUACUUUUUUGUACCUUAUAGGACAUAUCAUCCUAGACAAAUAAAGUAAUGUGUUUGACAUGGA